AUGGACAAGUCAAGUGCAUUGGAGUACAUCAACCAGAUGUUUCCUACAGAGGCGUCUUUAUCUGGAGUUGAGCCGCUGAUGCAAAAGAUACACAGUGAGAUUCGUCGUGUAGAUGCUGGAAUACUUGCUGCUGUUCGCCAACAGAGCAGUUCGAGAACGAAAGCAAAGGAAGAUCUUGCUGCUGCUACGCAUGCUGUGCAGGAACUCAUGUACAAGAUUCGAGAAAUAAAAAGCAAAGCUGAGCAGAGUGAGACGAUGGUUCAGGAAAUAUGUCGUGACAUCAAGAAGUUGGAUUUUGCGAAGAAGCAUAUAACAACUACAAUCACGGCUCUUCAUCGUCUUACCAUGUUAGUGUCUGCUGUUGAGCAGCUUCAAGUAAUGGCUUCCAAACGACAAUAUAAGGAGGCAGCUGCGCAGCUGGAGGCAGUAAAUCAAUUAUGCAGUCAUUUUGAAGCCUAUAGGGAUGUACCAAGAAUCACAGAGCUCAGGGAGAAGUUUAAAAAUAUCAAGCAACUACUCAAGUCACAUGUAUUUUCUGAUUUCUCAAGCUUAGGUACCGGAAAGGAAACAGAGGAAGCUAAUUUACUUCAGCAUUUAUCUGAUGCAUGCUUAGUUGUUGAUGCUUUAGAGCCAUCUGUGAGGGAAGAGUUGGUAAACAAUUUUUGCAGCAGGGAGCUUACUUCCUAUGAACAAAUCUUUGAAGGAGCUGAACUUGCUAAGCUGGAUAAAACUGAACGAAGAUAUGCAUGGAUCAAGCGUCGGAUUAGAACAAAUGAGGACAUAUGGAAGAUCUUUCCUCCCUCAUGGCAUGUUCCUUACCGGCUCUGUAUCCAAUUCUGUAAGAAAACAAGAAAGCAACUGGAGGUGAUACUUGAUAACCUCAAAGAGAAGCCUGAUGUUGGAAUCUUAUUGAUGGCGCUACAAAGAACUCGUGAAUUUGAGGAUGAAUUGGCAGAGAAAUUUGGAGGAGGCACUCGAAGUAGAGAGAUUGGAAAUGAGAUUGAAGAAAUUGGUAAAGAAAAUAAUAAUCAAAGUGUCUCAGAUAUUCGGAAGAAAUAUGAAAAAAAGCUUGCUGCAAAUCAAGGAAGCAGGCCUGAUGAGAAGGAUGGAAAUAAUGAUUUGUCAGUACCUGGAGCUGGGUUUAACUUCCACGGAAUUAUUUCAUCUUGCUUCGAACCUCAUUUGAUAGUGUAUAUCGAACUGGAACAGAAAACACUGAUGGAGAAUCUAGAAAAACUUGUUCAGGAUGAAACAUGGGAUAUCGAGGAAGGAAGUCAGAAUAAUGUUUUAACAAGUAGCAUGCAGGUAUUUGAAAGAGUUCUCAGAGCAUAUGCAGCAAAGCUUAAGGCAAGACUACCUAAGGGCGGUAUGGGGAUUGUUGCAGCAGCCACUGGUAUGGACGGAUAUAUAAAGACAUCUGACAGAGAUGAAAGGGUGAUUUGUUACAUUGUCAAUUCAGCUGAAUACUGCCAAAUAACGUCCGGUGAACUGGCUGAAAGUGUAUCCAAAAUAAUUGAUCAUCAAUUAGCCACUGGAGUGGAUAUGUCAGCAGUCGAGGAAGAUUUUUCAGCGCUUAUUACUGAAGCGUUAAUGACCCUAGUGCAUGGCCUGGAAACUAAAUUUGAUGCUGAAAUGGCUGCAAUGACACGUGUUUCAUGGGCAACACUUGAAAGUGUUGGCGACCAAUCAGAGUAUGUGAAUGGCAUAAAUAUGAUCCUUGCAAGCAGCAUUCCUGCACUAGGAAGACUUCUUUCACCGAUUCACUUCCAGUACUUCUUGGACAAGCUUGCAUCAUCUCUUGGCCCACGAUUCUAUGCCAACAUUUUCAAGUGCAAGCAAAUAUCAGAAACUGGAGCCCAACAAAUGCUUCUAGAUACCCAAGCUGUCAAGACAAUUCUUCUGGAGGUUCCUUCCCUUGGUCGACAGACAUCGAGUGCUGUUAGCUAUUCAAAGUUUGUGAGCCGUGAGAUGAGUAAAGCUGAAGCACUUUUGAAGGUUAUACUCUCCCCAAUUGAUUCUGUGGCAGAUACUUAUAGGGCAUUACUACCAGAGGGAACACCAAUGGAGUUUCAGCGAAUUCUGGAGCUCAAGGUUAUUGCUUUCGGAUUUAUUGCUUCCCGAGAAGACGUACUAACUAGAGCCGCUGCUCUCGGACGGGGUGCAGCAACAACAGGUUUCAAGAGGUUCCUUGCUCUAACCGAAGCAGCAAAAGACAGAAAGGAUGGCCCUUUUAGAAAACUCUUCAAUGCUUGA